AUGAUGCUCGUUGUGCGUACAGUUGAGGGGAGCUGCGCCGACUCCCAGUGGGCCUCUCUGGCUGCCCCCCUCUCUGCUGAUGCGUCUAAGGAUCAGACGACUCCUGUUGCAGCAGUAGUUGUAGCAGCAGCAGCAGCAGCUGCUGCUGCUGCUGAUGCUGCUGCUGCAGUGGAGGGGAAGCGGCAAGGGGCUGCAGCGAAGCAGGAGAGGAAGGGGGAGAGCAGCAGCUGCCCUCAGGGUAAGGGCGAAGAGGAAAUUCCCGUAAGGGGGUCGGACGUGCGCUUGCAUAGCGACAGCAGCCGUGGGGGCGACCGUAGCAGCAACAGCAGCAGCGUGGGUAUCAGCAGCAGUGUGAGCAGCAGAAGUGGAUGCGCACGUAGCAGGAGCAGCAGCGGUGGUGCGAGUUGCAGCUGGGGUAGUGGUGAUUCUGAGGGUUUAGGGUUUGAGGGUGACGGAGUUGAUAACGAUCAGGGUGUAUGUGCGUCUCAAUCCCCCGGAGGGGGCAGUGUACAGCAGCAGAUUGCAGAUUCGCACACGGAGAGGCUGAACUGA